AUGUACGCUUCCAGCAGUAAACAUAUGGAGUACUACCGGCUCCUCCUGCUGUGGAUCUGCAGCCAGCAUUUAGGGCUCGAUGACUGCUUCACCAUUGACACAAAACAGCCCCGGAUCAUAAAAGGACCUAAACAAGCCCAGUUUGGAUACACUGUUCAACAACACGUGGCUGCAGGCGAAGAAAAAUGGUUAUUAGUUGGAGCUCCUUAUGAAAUGACUGGCCCCUAUCAAACAGGGGAUGUUUAUAAAUGUUCACUGAGCAAACGAAUCAACGGCAAUGGUUGCACGAAGCUCAAUUUAGGAAAGAUAUCCCUGACCAAUGUGUCAGAGCGAAAGGACAAGAUGAGGCUGGGAAUGACACUCACAUCUAACCCUAAAGACGGGAGCUUUGUGGCCUGUGGGCCGCUGUGGUCAUAUGAAUGUGGCAGCUCCUACUACAGCACUGGAAUAUGUUCCAAAGUUAAUGCAGCCUUUAAGUUCUCUGGGACAGUUAAGCCUGCCUUUCAAAGAUGUGAAACCUUUAUGGACAUAGUGAUUGUUCUUGAUGGAUCAAACUCCAUUUACCCCUGGUAUGAAGUGCAGGACUUUCUCAUUAACAUUCUUCAGAAGUUCCACGUUGGACCAGGUCAAAUCCAGGUUGGAGUUGUUCAAUAUGGUGAGAAGGUGGUCCAUGAAUUCCAACUCAGUGAAUAUAAAUCAGUGGAGGAGGUGGUAGAAAGAGCCCGCAGCAUUGACCAGCGUGGUGGAGAGGAGACCAACACGGCUCUUGGCAUCAGCACAGCACGCUCACAAGCUUUCAAACAGGGAGGUCGACGAGGUGCCAAGAAGGUGAUGAUAGUGAUAACUGAUGGUGAGUCCCAUGACAGCCCUGAUCUCCAGCAAGUUAUCGAGGACUGUGAGAAGGAUGACAUCACCCGUUACGCCAUAGCUGUGCUCGGUUACUACAACCGCCGAGGAAUCAACCCAGAGACCUUCCUCAAUGAAAUCAAGUACAUUGCCAGUGACCCAGAUGAUAAACACUUCUUUAAUGUGACUGAUGAGGCUGCACUGAAAGAUAUCGUGGAUGCUCUUGGAGAACGCAUCUUCAGCCUGGAAGGAACCAGUAAGAAUGGGACAGCGUUUGGCCUCCAGAUGUCACAGGCAGGUUUUUCCGCACAUAACGUGGAGGAUGGCAUUUUGGUGGGUGCUGUAGGUGCUUAUGACUGGAACGGAGCGGUGCUGAAAGAGACGCGGCAAGGGAAGGUGAUUCCUCCUAAGUCAUCCUACAUGCAGGAGUUUCCUGAAGAGCUCAAAAAUCAUGGUGCCUACUUAGGUUACACUGUAACAUCUGUGGUGUCAUCGAGAAAUGGUCGUUUGUUGGUCGCAGGAGCUCCACGAUUCAACCACACCGGCAAAGUCAUCAUCUUCACUUUGAAUAAUUCAGGCAACCUGACCAUCCUGCACUCACUCAAAGGUCACCAGAUUGGCUCCUAUUAUGGGAGUGAGAUUGCACCUGUGGACAUUGAUGGAGACGGAAUAACUGACAACCUUUUGGUGGCGGCACCCAUGUUCUUCAGCGCAGGCUUGGAGAAAGGAAAGGUCUACAUCUACAAAAUAACAGAGCUGAAUCGAUUCAUCCCUGAAGGCGCGCUGGAAAUUCAUAAUGGUGGGCAGAACGCUCGCUUUGGCUCAGCCCUCGCUCCUGUCCCUGAUCUCAACGGUGACGGCUUUAAUGACUUGGUGGUGGGGGCUCCGCUGGAAGAUGACCACAAAGGAGCCAUUUAUGUUUUCUUCAGUCAGCACAACAGAAUACUGCGCAAAUACAAACAGAGGAUAGCAGCUGUAGAUUUGGCUGCAGGCCUGCAGUACUUCGGUCGCAGUAUUCACGGCACAAUGGACAUGAACGAUGACGGUUUGGUGGACCUGGCAGUGGGUUCUCUUGGUGCUGCCAUACUUCUUUGGUCAAAGAGUGUUGUGCGGAUUUAUACCACUGUCAGGUUUGAGCCCAAUAAGGUCAACAUCUUUGUGAAAGACUGUCAGAGAGGUGGCAAAGACGUGACCUGCAUGUCAGCCAUUGUGUGUUUCAACAUCACUGCCAGGACGGCCAUUCCACCCACACAGGAAAUUGGGAUUAAAUAUAAUGUGUCCAUUUUGGAGAGACGUUUCAAUCCUCGCGCCGUAUUUGAUCACCCAAACAAGCUGCAGCCUCUUAACCUGACGCUCCUUCCAGAGGAAGAGACCUGCGAACACUUUUAUUUCCACGUCAUGGAGUCCACAGACUAUGCAAGGCCCAUAGUGUUUGCAGUGCAAGUGGAACUACAAGAUCCAGACCAGGGACCGGUUCUGGAUGACAGCUGGCCUACUCUGGUGAAAACUGAGCUGCCUUUCUGGAAUGGUUGUGACGAGGACGACCACUGCAUGCCGGACCUGUCACUGCAGAGCAUGACAGACCUGAUGACUCGAAAUCAGUUCUGUGCACGUUCUGUUCGGUCUCGUGGUGCUUUCUGCCGUCAUGAAAACGAUGAAGGAACAGAGAAUUUGCUGCGGGUGCUUGAGGGAAACACAAGGAGGAUGUUGGUGGACGUCAAACUGGAAAACAAAGGAGAAAAUGCCUAUAAUGCUCAACUCAAUAUCACCUGCACACCUAAUCUACGCUUCUCCAGCAUCAUCGUCAAAGAUACAUCUGACAUCAAAAUUGAUUGUUACACAGAGGACAAGGUAAAGAAUGAGAAGAUCUGCAACAUCAGUUCACCUUUUAUGCGAGCCAAAACACAGGUAUCACUUCGCCUGGAGUUUGAGUUCAGUCAAACUAUCCUCCUGGAUCACCUCAGAGUCAUCCUUGAAGCCAGCAGUGAUGGAGAGGAGACGAGCAAAGCAGAUAACUUUAAUGAUAUCUAUUACUUCCUGAAAUAUGAAGGAGACCUUCUGUUUACAAGGGAUUCAAAUCCAACUCGGUAUGAGAUCAAGUCAGAGCUCUCACUGGAGGAGCCUGGAGUUAUUGGCCCGCCUUUUAACUUCACUUUCCAGAUUCAGAACCUUGGAUACUUUCCAGUAAGAAAUCUGCAGCUGAACAUUGAGAUCCCAGAAAUGACAAUAAACGGGAACAAGCUCCUGGAAAUACUGGACUUCCAUGUUGACCAGAGAAAUGGGACACGUUGUUUACCACCUCAACACAUGGCAGAGAGCAGAGCUUCACCGGAGGACCUAACCCGUGUUUCACGCUUGAAUCGGUCCAACACAUUAACUCUGCCAGUCCAGUGCACAGUCAAUGUGGUUUCCCACAGAGAGGUUGCGGUCAGGAUGGCAGGAGCACUGAGAAUAGAUACGUUACACGCACUGAAGUUUAAAAUCCUGGAACUGGUAACCAGUGCAUCGGUGGAGCUCCCCUCCUCCAGCCCCAUGUUUCUACAGGAGGAGAGGCCCGUCAGACAUAUAAUACUGGAGAUCAGGAAGGAGGGAGAUUACAGAAUCCCCACCUGGAUUAUUAUUGGCAGCACACUGGGAGGACUCUUAUUGUUAGCUCUUCUCAGUCUGGCUCUGUGGAAGCUCGGGUUCUUCCAGAGGCAGAAGCGAAAAGAAAAGGACGAGCAGGAAGCCAACGGGAACGUGGCCGACGAGCGAUAACGCAGGGUGACGACUCCCGGCGGAUACCUUUCUCCACAGAGGACACUCAGGGACCAACCCACCUCCCCACUCCUCCUCAGCACCACAGCA